AUGAAGGGUGUCUUGACAAAAUUUUCAAAAUCGCAACCCAUUCACGUUCUCCUUCUGGGAUUACGCGGUUCAGGGAAAACUCUGCUACUUUACAAGACAUUUUUACCGAAAUGGGAUACUGCCGCUGCUGAGAUCGAGCCUACGAUUCUUUAUCACUACGAGGAAGUGAAAUAUAGCAAUAAGACCUUAGGUAUAUGGGAUUUUAGCGGAGAUCCAAUGAUACGGAAUGUCCCAAACUUCAUGAGCAGACAGAUAAAUACCUCAGCAAUCGUGUUUGUAGUUAACAUACUGGAUAUGAAUGAUGCAAGUAACCGAGAAAUCUUCGAAUGGAUCAGUCUGUUGGAAAGCGAAGAGUCUCUCUUGGAGUCGUGUUUCGUCAUUCUACUCAACGGGACCCGUGAUAUCGCGCAAGGAAAGGCAUUUCAAAACUUUAUGAUACAAGUGGAGCAGCUCAAAUCAAGAAUGGGCGCGAGAUUUCUGUGCAAAGGAAUCAAUGCGACAUUGGCGCUGAAGGACCCUGGAUGGGUCACGGCACUCGACUUUAUAAUAUCACAUUCAUCGAAAAGUAACACUAAAAAUUGA